AUGUCGAACGUGAAUGCUGCUGUCGAGUCGCUCGCGGCUCGUUUGAAGCGGAAGCAAAUCCGUGGAUCUCACAACGUCGCACUCGAGACUGCGUUGGUGCUAAGACAGGUCGUGUCCAAUGCGCGAUGGUCGAACCAGGAUCAAUUGGUGGAUCAGGUGAAGGAGAUUGGACGACGGCUCGUUAAAGCUGCUCCGAGAGAGCUUGCCUGUGGUAAUGUCGUUCGACGCAUCCUACGAGUCAUCCGCGAAGAAUAUCGAGAACUGCGAGAACUAAUUGGGGAGACGGCACCCUUUACCCCCAUGACCCCUGCAACAAUUGCACCGGAUAACUUCCAGUUCGACCGCCUUACACUCUCCCCUAUUGUCUCCAAUAUGUUCCAUCCCUCCAAUGGUGCACAACCAGCAAAAUCUAUGACCUCACGGCAAGAGCAGCAGCAUUUCGACUUGAAGCCGCAGAUUAUUCAGGGGAUUCAGGAGUUUAUUGAUGAGUUGAAGACAAUAUAUGAGAACAUCAGUGCGCAGGCUCUGGAUCACAUUCACUCCAACGAAAUCAUUAUGACCCACGCAUCCUCCAAGACCGUUGAAUCCUUCCUCCGACACGCAGCCAAGAAGCGAAAGUUUACCGUUAUCCUUGCGGAGGCUAUGCCAAACGACCUCAAGCCCACGCACUCCAUGGCAACAACACUGUCAAAGGCCGGUAUCGACGUCAUCGUCAUUCCUGAAAGCGCAGUGUUCGCAAUGAUGUCCCGAGUGAACAAGGUCCUCUUGGGUACCCACUCUGUCCUGGCGAACGGGGGAUUACUGGCUUCGAGUGGUGCAAGGAUGAUUGCAGCCGCAGCACAGAGACAUUCCAUCCCCGUCGUAUGCUGUACCGGACUCUAUAAGUUGAGUCCAAUGUAUCCGCAUGACGUCGAGAGCUUUAUGGAGUUGGUAAGCCCUGAGAAGGUUCUUGGGUUCGAGGAGGGUGAUUUGAUUGACAAGGUUGAGGUCAUUAACCCGUACUAUGAUUACGUUUCGCCGGAGUUGGUUCAGCUUUACAUUACGAACUUGGGAGGUCACCCACCGAGUUAUCUUUACAGGUUGGUUGGGGAUCAUUACGAUGCGGUGGAUACGGUACUCUGAGUCAAAGAAAAAGAAGAGAUGCUGUAGAAGGAAGACUACAAGCGUAGCGUCCUGACUCCUCCUCAUUACGCUACCGAUAAAUAUACUUCAUCGUCCGAUCAUACCCCUUCAAUGCCUUCUCAAUCUGCGCCGGCGGACACUGCAAAUCCGUCGCAAUCUCAUCAAACGUACUCGUCCCAUCCAAAUACCUCAUCAACGGCACCCCCUUCCUCCCCGAUCCAGCACCCGUACUCCCCUCCACACCCUCCUCCAACACUGGAUACCGUCUCACCCGAUACAAAAACCCCUUAAUACACCCAAAACUAACAAACCUCCUGACAUCAAUCCCCUCUAGUUUCGUCUCAUUCGCCUCCAUCCAUUCUGUGAGACG